AUGGCUCUCCUCUUCCUCAAGAAACGGCUGUUCCCAGAGAGAUCUGCCAAAUCCUCACAACCAAGCUACAGGAAACCACUCCUAGCUACAGACGAAGACGACGACUCAGAUACCAUCACGAACAGCAAUGGCAGCAUGGACCACGACAUUGAAGGGCGCCAAUCGAGAUCUUAUAGCACAUUCCGCUCCCCUUCGCCCUCCUCCAACUACGAUGUUGAAAGUACCAGCAGCAGCACGCGAUCACGCAUCAACCCCCGAAUCAUCUCAGACGCUAUCCUCGGCCUCUCAGAUGGCCUCACAGUCCCUUUCGCUCUGAGUGCAGGUCUCUCAGCACUCGGUAACACAAAGGUUGUGGUUCUCGGUGGACUAGCAGAGCUAGCAGCAGGCGCCAUUUCCAUGGGACUGGGUGGAUAUGUCGGUGCAAAGAGUGAAGCAGAAUCAUACCAAGCCACCGUCCGGGAAACCACAGAACUCAUCGAUUCCUCCCCCUCCGAAACAGAAGCCAUAGUCUACGACAUCUUCGCCGCACACGGCGUCCCCGACGACGCAAUCGCCCCAAUAAACGCCUCACUCCAUGCCUCUCCUGACCGUCUUCGCGAGUUCCUCAUUCACUUCCAUCACAAGGAGUCUGAGCCCGACUGUAACCAGGCUUGGACGUCGGCGAUCACUCUGGCCCUGGGAUACUUUAUUGGCGGCUUCAUUCCUCUGAUUCCAUACUUCAUUGUGAAUCAGGUGCUUGUUGCGUUGUACUGCAGCGUCGCGGUCAUGGCGGUCACGUUGCUUGUCUUUGGGUAUAUCAAGACCGGCGUUGUUCGAGGCUGGGCCGGGAGAGAAAAUAUCCUUGCUGGGAUUAGAGGAGGUCUUCAGAUGGUUGUUGUUGGAGGGGUUGCUGCAGGCGCGGCGAUUGGGCUGGUGAGGUUGAUCAACGGGGAGUCAUAA